AUGCAUAAUCGUUGGCUGCGCUUCAUAUGCUUAUCAGUAUGGGUCUUCUUCAUUACGACACAUGCCGAGGUCCUCAGCGACCCCGACAGCAACCUAGUCAAAGAGCAAACAGCGGGAGGGAAGUCUGCCCUCAAGGCACACGACAGCCCCGAAGCUGUAUCCCGAUGGCAGCAGGCGAGCGCCGAAGAUGGUAGACAAAGUCGGGCAACGUCUGCCGUUCAAGAAGCCCUCCGAAUACUCCAGCCCCUUCAACCAUCUCGAACUCGGUUCACGAGCUUUGAUAAGACAUCCGGCCUGGUCGGAACAACUUUUUACUACGCAAAGCAGGCAUUUGUACUGCUUUUCAUGAAUGGACCACCAGAAGAAGACUACCUCAGCCCACAGCCCGAAAAUUCGGCUCUCAGCAAACCCCUGGCGCAAGCGGUGAGGCUUUUGGAGAGCGCUGCGGUGGAGAAAGAGCCGGAUGCAAUCUUCUUAUUGGCCGAGAUGAGCUUCUUCGGGAAUUACACGCACCCUCGAAAUCACAAGGAAGCCUUCCGGAGAUACCAUGAGCUGGCGUCGCUGAAUGGUAAUAGUUCAGCACAGCAUAUGGUCGGGCUCAUGUAUGCCACUGGAAUCGGAGGAGCUGUCGAACGGGAUCAGGCGAGAGCUUUGACGUAUCAUACAUUUGCCGCGAUGGGCGACAGCACCAGGGCGCAGAUGACGACGGCUUAUCGGCACCAUACAGGGGUUGGGGCUCCGAGGAAUUGCAACGAAGCAGCGUAUUGGUACAAGAAAGUGGCAGACAAGGCCAUUGCGUACUCGAGGUCCGGUCCUCCCGGUGGAAUGUUACUGCAAAAAGACUCCUACAAGAUUGCAGAUGAAGAUGGAGGCGUGUAUGGAGAAGGCGCCAGUGUGGUCAGCUCCGGAGUGUACGCCAACAAAGCUGGGCCAAAUUCAGAUGCACAUGCGGACUUUGAUGAUGUGCUGGAGUACUUGGACCUAAUGUCAAGAAAAGGUGACUUGAAAGCCACCUUCAGUCUGGGCCGAUUGCACUACGAAGGAUCUCGAACAAUGAAGAGAAAUCUCAAGACUGCAAAGGCGUACUUUAUGAUUGUGGCACGCAAGUACUGGCAAAAAGAUGGCUCAAUUCGUGAUGAAGAUCAAAGCGUCGCUAAGAUUGCUUCAAAAGCAGCAGGCUACAUUGGGCGCAUGUUCUUGCGUGGGGAAGGCAUGGAACAGAGCUACGAGAAAGCCUUGACUUGGUUCAGACGCGGGGUUGCCAAUGGUGAUGCAUUGUGUCAAUACGAGAUGGGUCUCAUGCAUCUCCACGGUCUGGGAGUAAAGAAGGACCCUGUGCUCGCCUCGGACUAUUUCAAAGAGGCUGCCAACCAAGACUUUGCGUCUGCCCAAGUCAACAUGGGGCAACUCUUCCUCGAUCAGGGCGACAUCAAUACUGCCUCACGCUUCUUCGAUCUGGCGGCUCGACAUGGGCACAUAGAGGCCUUCUACCAUCUAGCUGAAAUCAAUAACAACGGAAUUGGCCGAGAAAGAUCCUGCGGUAUGGCAACAGCGUACUAUAAAAUGGUCGCAGAGAAAGUUGAAGACAUCCACUCUUCUUUCGAUGAAGCUAACCGAGCCUACGAUGAGGGCGACACCGAGUCAGCUUUGAUCAUCUACAUGAUGGCCGCCGAACAAGGCUACGAGUCUGCACAAGCCAAUGUCGCUUAUCUUUUGGAUGAAUACAAGUCAAUCCUAUCCUUAGACUCGCUGAUCCCGUGGAAAAGACGAAGGUCGUCUUUGCUUCGAAAUGCGGCCUUGGCUCUGAUUUACUGGACUCGUUCAGCAAAGCAGUCAAAUAUUGAUUCAAUGGUCAAGAUGGGCGACUAUUAUCUGGACGGGUAUGGCAUCGAAGCAGAUAUGGAAAAAGCGGCCACUUGUUAUCAGACAGCUGCCGAGACCCACCAGAGCGCCCAGGCUCUUUGGAACCUUGGCUGGAUUCACGAAAAUGGCCUGGGCGUGGAGCAGGACUUCCACCUAGCGAAGAGAUUCUAUGAUCAGGCUCUGGAAACGAACCAGGAGUCAUAUCUACCCGUCAAGCUAAGCCUGACGAAGCUACGGAUGCGGAGCUUCUGGAACACCAUCACGAAUGGCAAGGUCAAGUCGAUCCAGUCUGAGCCAGAACCUAAGAAGGAAUGGUCCCUCAGCGAAUGGAUCUCCAACUUCCUCGAAGAACCCCAUCCCUACUACCACGGCGCGGACGACGAUUACGACGAACCCCUUCCCGAAGGCAUGCCCGGCGGGGACGACGACUACUACGCCGAGAUCGACGACAGCAUCCUCGAGAGUCUGAUCAUCGUCGGCUUAGCCGCCGCACUGGCCUUUCUUGUAUAUUACCGACAGCAAAGGCAGACGAACCACAGGCGAGAAAUGGAGACGCAACGGGGCAACGACCCGGUGCGGCCCGAGAAUGGCAUUCCGCCCGAAGAGCGAUUACCCGGCCAGCAGGCGGACGGGGGGUUCUUUCCCCCGCCUGACGAUCCGAACUUCAGACGGUGGGUUGCCGGUGGUGUUGGGCAUUAG